AUGCCUCGCGUCAACGUUCUCGUGCGCGCCCUGGACGGCCGCACGCGAUGCGUCGAGUGCGAUCUCGACGAUCGCGACCGCUCGCGCGACCUCGCGCGCGUCGUCGACGCCCUGCGCGCGCGCGACGCCGCGCUCGUGCCCUACGGCGCGCGCGUCGCAUUUUCGCGUUCCGCGCGCGCGCGCGGCGACGCGACGGUUCGCGCGAGCGAUGCCUUGAUCGCGCACGUCACGUGUGGCUUACUCGGCGGCAAGGGCGGCUUCGGCACGCAGCUGCGCGCGUCGGCGCGACGAGGGACGCAGACGACGAAUUUCGACGCCUGUCGCGACCUGAGCGGUCGGCGCUUGCGGGCGGUGAACGGAGAGAAGAAGAUCGCGGCGUGGGAGGCGGAGAAAGCGGAGCGAGAUGCCGAGGCGAAGGCGGAGAAAUACUUGAAAUCGCAAGCCGGAGGAAGCGGAGCGGCGAGACUGAGGGAGUUAGAGGAGAAGGAGCGAGAGGCGUAUCACGCGGAGAGCGCAAAGGUGAGCGAGAGCGUGAACGACGCGGUGGCGAGUGGGUUUAAGAAUGCGGCGGCCAUCGAAGCGGCGAAACGCAAGAAGGCGAAAAAGGGAAAAGCGGUGGUGGGGAACGAUGACGAGAGUGAGAGUGAGAGUGAGAGUGACGAAGAUUUCGAUGAUUCUGCGUUGUUGUUUCCGGCGGCGAAGAAGGCGAGAGUCGUUCCGGCGGCGCCCGCGCCCGCGCUCGCGCGCGCGAACGAGCCGGAGGCGUCCACUUCGCAGUCACCGACGUUGGCGCCGACGAUGGCGCCGCCUGUGAUGGAGCAGAAGGAAGAAGGGCCAUUAGAUUUGACGCGAUUUGAUAGCGCGGAGGCGCUCGAGGCGGUCGGUUUAGAGCGCCUGAAAGCUGAACUCACCGCGCAAAAAUUAAAGUGCGGAGGCACAUUGCGCGAGCGGGCUGCGAGAUUAUUUUUACUCCGCGACAACACGCGCGAUGAGAUCGAUAAGAAGCACUGGUCAAAGUGA